GGCGGGGCUUCUCCGGGGGACUACGAUUCCCAGGCCCCCCUGCAGCUCGGCCGGGCGGCUGGAAGGGGCCGGGCUGUCAAUCAGGGAGCGUCAGCGGGGGGAGCGAGCCGGGGAUCCCCCCCGCCCCCCCGCCCUCCUCCGGUCCCGCUAAUAAUAAGUGCUUGGGAGGCUUAAAAGCAGGGAGGCAAGUGUCAUGCGGGAGCGCCGUAAGGGGGUGAGGUCCGGCUGAGCGCCCCGGCAAAACCGGGGAGAGGGGGGCGGAAAAAAAAAAAUAAUAACCCCAGAGCCGGUUCGCGGGGAAGGGGCGAGAGGAGACAGACCCGAAAGGCUGGAGAAGCCGGCAGCGAGGUGGCGAUGAGGCGCAGGAAGAUCGCGGUGGCUGCCGGCUGCUGCCUCGCCUUCCUGCUGGGCACCCUGCUCAACGUGCUCUUCAUCCCCGGCUCUGAGCACCCCCCCCCGCCGCCGCCCCGCGACGGGGCGCCCCCUUCCCCGCCGGGCCCCCCUCCCCCCGAGCCCCCGGAGGAGGAGGAGGAGGCCGCUGCCGCCGCUGCCCUGGCUCGGCAGCUCCAGGAGCGCUACGAGGAGGUGCUGCGCUACCGGCAGCACCGGGGGGCGGCGGCGGCGGGGGGGCGCCGGGCGCUGCGGCCCCGGGAGCGGCGCCUGAUGGACCGGGCCCCGCCGCGCUCCUCGGCGGAGCAGCCGCGGCCGGGGGCGCCUCGGAGCCGGGCGGCGGCGGCGGCGGGGCAGCCCCGGGGCCCAGCUUCGGGCGAGCUGUCGCUGGAGCCGCCGCUGCUGGGCUGUCGCGACAUCCGCGACGUGAGCGGCGUGCAGUACCUGGGCUCCGGCUACACCAAGGCCGUGUACAAGGCGGUGCUCAACCACUCGCUGGCCGUGGCGCUGAAGGCGGUGGAUUUCGGCGGGCACGACGUCGCCCACUGCGUGCAGCAGUUCUCGGCGCUGGGAGACUGCUACCGCCUGGCCGCCUACAAGAUCGUCAAGGAGAUGAUCCUGCUGCAGCGGCUGCGCCACGCCAACGUCCUGCAGCUCUAUGGCUAUUGUUACCAAGAUAGCAAUGACAUCCCAGACACACUGACGACCAUCACUGAACUAGGCUCGCCUUUAGAGAUGAUUCAGCUUUUACAGACUUCCUGGGAAGACAGAUUUCGAAUAUGUCUCAGCUUAGUUCGGCUUUUGCAUUAUUUGGCUCACUCUCCUCUUGGCUCUGUGACAUUGCUGGAUUUUCGCCCUCGACAGUUUGUGAUCGUGGAUGGGGAGCUGAAGGUGACAGAUCUAGAUGAUGCCAGUAUUGAAGAAAGCUCUUGCACCAGUAACAGUGACUGCUUUAUGGAGUUCCCAGCAAGAAACUUUACUCUGCCUUGUUCUGUUGAGGGACGGUGCCAAAACAUGAAUGAAAAGAGGAAUCUCUACAAUGCUUACAGGUUUUUUUUCACAUAUCUUCUACCACACAGUGCGCCAUCCUCACUGAGACCAUUGCUGGAUAAGAUAGUCAAUGCCACAGGAGAACUUCACUGGGGAAUAGAUGAAACAGCUGCUCAGUUAGAAAGAGUUUUGAAUCUGUAUAAGAGUGGAGAGUACCUACAGAACACCACCCGGAUACCGAAAGCUGAGUACAGGCGGGUGCCUGAAACCUUUAUUCCUGAUGAGAACUACAGAUGCUGGCCAUCUUACCAUCACAAAGGCUGCCUCCUCUCCGUAUUUGAUGUCAACGAAGCCAUCGAGAUCUGUGACAGCUACUCCCAGUGCAAAGCUUUUGUCUUAACUAACCAAACGACUUGGACAGGUCGGCAGCUUGUCUUCUUCAAGACGGCCUCAAAUCAUCUCAUGCCUGAUCCUGACAAGAUAACGUAUGUGAAAGUGACAGACUGACAGCUAAAGUGGCUCGGUCUGAUGCGUGAGUGGCAAGAGCUGUUUGUGUAUAAAUAUAGGCAGCUGUUAUGUACAGGACGGCUGUGGAUGAGGGAGAUAAUUGCACUAUUAUUCAUUCUAAUCUAUAGAGUGCUAAACAAAACUUUAAAGAAAUAACCUGCAUGACCAGGAUGAAUGUGCAAUAAAACAACAUUUUGAAAAUGUGAUUUUAAAACAAAGCAAAAUACAAAAUACGAUACACUGUUGGGAUGUAAUUUUGGUUACAAAUCAGCUGGCAGCUCUAGCUUUUCUAACCAAGGUUAGCAUGACCUUUCUGACCUGUACAUGUGUGUACAGGGAUGGAAACUGAUCAUUUCUACGAGAAGUCUGUAUCCUCUGCAUUGAUAUUUAUUUGGGCACGUACAACUGAGUAACUGAAGCAUAUCAGUUUGUAAGCUAAAUAUCAAACAUUAUUGAAGACAAUCAGCAUUUGUGUUAAUGUUAUCAAAUAUGCAAUAGCAACGUGUUUGUCAAAAUGAAGGAAUUGGUUAUGUUUAGAAUUGCGAGACUGUAGCUAAUUUUCUUUUUUUGCUUCCAAUGUUAUCACAAAGGUUCGUAUUUUUUUAAUUUAAAAGAGCCAUUUUGUAGGUCUAGCAAAUCACAUAAGCAUAUGAAUGCUCCCACUGAAAGGCUAGGGACUUACCCAAGUGCUGAGUGCUUUGCUGAAUAGGGAUAGGCCUAAGCAUAUGCUUACUAUUAAGCUUGUGCUUAAGACUUUUGUUGAAUCAAGUCUGAAUUGUUCAUGAAGCUACAUCUUUGACAGACUGGCAAAGCAAUACAUCUGGUGGAACAGGACUAUUUUAUUGAAUAUCUUGCAGUUAUUCAUAUUUUUUAUCAUCAGAUCCUUGGUUUUCUAAGGCACAGCUUGCUAAUUCUUAGAGUGAAUGAAGUAAAUGACCUCAAUAAUGGUAAUUGAAUGCUUGCCUUAAUUCUAUAUAAAAUGCUUUUUAUAGGCAUGGUUUGUCUAGAGAAUUUGCUUUCAGUGAAAGCAAUAAAGUAAAUGCUAAAGUGACCAAUGUCAUACUGUUUUGUAGUUUGUACAGCCAGGAAAAAAUGUGCUUUUGUUUCUUAAAUUGUUUAUUUUUGUAAAAAAAUAAAAUAAAAUAAAAGGUAAAUACAAUCUCUUUCA